UUCGGCUCUGGCAAAGAUCUGGUUAACUGUGACACGGUUGGCUGGCUCUCACAGAGGUAACAGAAAUGGGAAAGAGCGGCUCAGCGGCAGAGAGAGAGCUAAACCCUCAACACCUGCCAGCACUUGACGGAAGACUGAGACGAGAAAAGUCAGUUUGCUAAGGAAUAUUCCUGGGAUAUGUCUACGUGAACGAACUUCAGAAUGAAAAUUUGACAGACACUUGGUUACCCCGGACAUGCUCUCGCUGCUGUUUGAUGAAAUUGAAUGCAAUUCUCUGGGAACUUUCGCAAACUAUUAAGAAAAACACGGGAUCCUGCACUUCACCAGGUUUCCACACAGCAUUAACCUAAGUAUUUUCAGACGUUACAAUAGAAGAGAUUUCGCCCAAGUAAUAGCCAAUGGACAUCCGUGUACAGCGCCACGAUAUGUAACAUCUUCAACCGCUGCAGUUUUCUGGAGUUAUCAUACCUGCUUUUCAAGUCUCAGGAGGUUAACUUGGCUGUCAUCGCUAUGGAGACGACACAGGCCCUCCUCCUCUUGAGUUUGUGUGUCUACAGUUGUCAUGGCAACCCCCGCUCUACCCCGAGAGUGCAUUUGUCUUUCAAAGAGUUGCUGGAGACCAAGACUAUCCGUCCCUUCAGUUUCUCCUUCAACACCAGUGACUACCGCAUCCUACACAUGGACCAUGACCAGGGGCGCCUCUACCUGGGCAGUCGGGAGUACGUGGUGGCUCUGGACAUGCAGAACAUCAACAAGGAGCCGCUCAUUAUCCACUGGCCUGCCACAACUCAGAGGAAAGGAGAAUGCAGACUGACUGGAAAAGGUGGACAGGGUGAGUGUGCCAACUUCAUCCGUCUUAUUGAGCCGUGGAACCGCACACACCUGUACACCUGUGGCACAGGCGGCUACCGGCCAAUUUGCACCUUCAUCAACCGUGGCUGGAGAGCGGAGGAGUACCUGUUCAGGCUGGUCCCUGGUUACUCAGACUCGGGCAAGGGGAAGUGUCCCUACGACCCACGUCAGGAAAGUGCCGCAGCUCUCAUCAAUGGGAAUCUGUACGCAGGAGUCCAUGUGGACUUCAUGGGCACGGACCCUGCCAUCUUCCGCACUCUGGGAGACAGGCCAGCUGUCAGGACCGAGCAGCACGACUCCAGGUGGCUCAAUGACCCGGUGUUUGUCCGGAUCCAGAAGAUUCCGGAUAGUGCAGAGAGGAAUGACGACAAGCUCUAUUUCUUCUUCCGGGAGAAGAGCCUGGAUGCUGCUGGAGGGGGCAGCCCGGGUGUCCUGUCCCGGGUUGGACGCGUCUGCCUGAAUGAUGACGGAGGUCAAAGAUCAUUAGUGAACAGGUGGACAACCUUCUUGAAAGCUCGUCUGGUGUGUUCGGUGAUCGGCAGCGACGGGGUGGAGACCUACUUUGAUGAACUACGAGAUGUCUUCAUACUGUCCACUCAAGAUGAGCGAAACCCCAUAGUGUAUGCUGUCUUCUCCACUGCCGGCUCUGUGUUCAAAGGCUCGGCAGUGUGUGUCUACUCCAUGGCUGACAUCCGCAACGUCUUUAACGGACCCUUCUCCCACAAGCACGGGCACAACUACCAGUGGACGCCCUACACGGGCAAGAUCCCUUACCCUCGCCCGGGAACGUGCCCUGGGGGAACCUUCACGCCUGGCCUUCGCACGACGAAAGAGUUCUCGGAUGAGGCGGUGAACUUUGUCCGUGCGCAUCCCCUCAUGUACCACCCCAUCUACCCUCUCCACAAGCGCCCUCUGGUGGUGCGCACUGGCGUCGACUACCGCUUCACCACCAUCGCUGUGGAUCUGGUGGAUGCCUCCGACGGGCGGUACGAAGUUCUCUUCCUUGGGACAGAUAUUGGAACUGUCCAGAAAGUGAUAGUCCUUCCUAAAGACCUCAGUUCUACGGAGGAGCUCGUUCUGGAGGAGGUGGAAGUUUUUAGGACUACCGCUCCAGUCAAAACAAUGAGGAUUUCUUCAAAAAGGCAACAGCUGUACGUGUCAUCUGAGCGGGGCCUGACCCAGGUGUCCCUGCAUAGAUGCGGCGUCUACGGGAAGGCGUGCUCGGACUGCUGCCUGGCGCGGGACCCCUACUGCGCCUGGGACGGCGAGAACUGUGCCCCCUUCACACCGUCGACCAAAAGGAGGAGCAGGAGACAGGACAUCAAACAUGGAGACCCCCUGCGGCAGUGUCGAGGCUUUAAUGCCAAAGUAGAGAAGAGGCUCAGGGAAACUGUGCAGUUUGGUGUUGAGGGGAGCAGCACCUUCCUGGAGUGUCAGCCCAGGUCUCCUCAAGCCUCAGUCAAAUGGCUCUGCCAGAAGGAUGGAAGAAGGAAAGCACUGAAUCGUGACAAAGAGGUGCUGAAGACUGGCCACGGCAUCUUGCUGAAGUCCCUGUCUCAGUCGGACGCCGGCAUCUAUCACUGCCUGGCCACCGAGAACAACUUCAAGCACACAUUGGCUCGCAUCUCCCUCCGCAUCCUGGACCGCGAGAUCGUAGAGGCCCUGACCGCCCCCGACAUCCCUGCCGAGUCCAGGCCGGACCACGGCCACAACCCCCACCACCACCACCACCACCACCACCAACAGCAGCAGCAGGAGCGGCAGCCCCCACCGCCACCUCCCCCGCCCCAGGCGUACCCUCCCAAACUCCCCUCGCAGCCAGAGGUGCGCCUCAUAAACCAGUACUGCCAGUCUUACUGGCAGCAGAGUGGCGCUGUUCCCGCCGCUGGUGGCGCCGUCCGUCCACAGAAGCCCAAGCGCACCAGCCGGAGACACACAGAUGAAGCCGACGAGCCGGAACCCCAAGACCACUAACACGCCCAGCCCAGCCCCUGCCCCACACUCUCCAGCCCCGCUGUCCUACGUCAUAGACACUGCAUCACCACCACCACCCCCCCCCCCCACACACACACACACACAUCCUUAAAAUACUAACCCCCUCCCCCAUUCCAGACACCUUCACUCCAAGACAAGAGAUGCUCCAGAUUCAUUUUGCUUCCAUCACAGAGAGUCCGUGUGAGCUGCUGGGAUCUGCUGACGUGGCGAUCGCUGUGCUGACUGAGAUAAGGAAAGGUUCAAGUUGAGACGUCCUGGACUGUGGCGUUAGUUCAUCAGGCGAAGGGCUGGAACCUCCCUGAUGCAGAGGCUUAAUACAACACUGACCACACUGUCACUUCAUAUAAUGAGUUAGCACAACACCUGGGCUCCCUUCACAACAACUGUUGUAAUGCUAAGGUGGUCGUAACAGAGAGUGUGUUCUCAUCCUUUCCCCCCUUAAUUCACAGCGGGCCCUAGCACUAUGAUGCUUUUGGCGAACCAGGCCCUGCAUUUGUGUAAAUGCCGUAGUUAGCUCAGCACAUCCGCUGUAGUGUUGUGGUCCCUAUGGCUGGAGGUACUGUUUUGCUCACCUUUUGAUAUACAUUGGUCAUGCCCUGUCUUUUGCAUGUAACAUCGUAACUCAGAAAGCUCACAGUCCGUAGCACACCUGCAGCCAUCUCACAAAGUGAUCAUUUUCAAAGCAUUCACUGUCUGUGACUCAGAUGACUCAAAAACAGUAUUUAAAUACUUGUUACAUUCAUACUGCUCAUUUAAGUAGUUUGUUAAAGUGAAUUAACAGAAGGAUUAGAAUGGAAAUACAAUGCUGCACAGAGCCGCAAGGGGCGUUUAUACUGUACAUGAUGAUCUUCAGACCUGUGGAAGCAACCCUAAAAUACAACAGGUAACAUGAUCAGACCAAGCUAUUGACAAUAUAAGGAUGAAGCAUACAAGCCUGAAAGACCUUGUGGGGAUAAUGAAUUGGCUGUUAUAUACCACAAAGAGCCAGAGCAAUUUGCGUUCAAAGCCCCCUUUUACCCUCUGUAUCAUUAUGUUGCCUUCAGUAUGUGUUUCAUGUUUUAAGAUUCAAACAGUAAUAUUUUCAGUUGUAUUUAAGUCGUAAGUAUUAUUCAUUUGGAAAGCAAGUAUGGUGCUUGUAGUCAGCAACUUUAAAGUAUUCACCCCCUUCAAAUCAGCACCUUUGAAGGACUCCUGAACACUGUCUUUAAAGGGUUAGGACCACUUGUUCUCAUUUGGCUCAAAUUCAAUUAAGUGAAAUGUCCCCUUAGGCUUACAAUGACAUAAUUUGUUUCAGUACUUAAAAUGCCAGCAGCAAGUAAAUGUAAAUGUUAUCGUAUGUUUCGAAAUGUAAAAAGAGUUAAUAAUAUCUGUACUUCCUCUUGCAUAUCCAAUGUAUUUCAAUCCCACUGUAGAAGAAGUGCAUAUUCUUUAAAUCUGCAUCAUAAUAACCAGAACAAGACAAAAAUACAUGAUUUAAAUUUGUCAGUUUCAAGGCAAUGUGUCACCAAGUCACAAGUCUAAAUUAUGGACCAAAACUACUACUACUGCUAAGACACAGUGUUUCAUUUCUCAAGCAGCAAAAUCUGCACUAAAGGCUAUUGGACUGGAUGAGAGCCAGUGUCAUGCGAAUAUUGUCAUUGAAUUAGCCGUCAUGUUUUUAUAUAGCUAUGAAUUUAAUCUAUGCGAGUGAUACUAUUAGAGGUGAAGUCCUCUGCUAGUUCAGUAGUCUUUUUUCUAUGUGUCCUGCGUGUCCUACAAAGAUAUACUGAGACCUUAUCACUGUUGCAUUUGUAGUCCACAAAAAACUAAAGAGCAUAUAUACAAUAGCCUACAGCGAGGCAGUCAACCUGUGUACUUAUUGUAAAACACUCACGGCAGAAAAAAAAUGCAAGUAAGAUGUUUUCAUUUUUACUAGUGCAUGUAUCAUCUGUGCUGGAAAAGUAGCUUAGAUAACAGUGAAUAUCAUUUUGUGCAUAUUUUCCUCCCCACCCCAAACACUGGGAAAACCCCUUACAGCAGUGUGAAAUCUAACUAUAAGCAACCAGUUUGCAAUUUUCCCUGAUGCUAAACGUUUCAAUUUCAUGUCAGCAUGACACAGGACUUCAGACUUUAUGAUGACCUGUGAUAGUUUCUGUCUCAUGUUUGUUACUAAAAAAAAUGGAUUUCGGAUUCCACAUGUGUAUAGAAACACUAGGUAUACUACUACCACAGUGCCAUCUAUUGGUCAAAUUGAGGUACUGCUCUUAUUCAUUACUCCUCUGUUCUCUUCCACCCUCGCCAUGGCAAAUAUUUAUUUUGAGACUGUACAUAUUCCUGUAAGUUGUGCACUUUGGUGAUGGGGUGAGGGGACUGGGUUCGGUGAGCCCUCUAAUAUUGUGUGUUUUUCAUUAACAGGACCAGUAUUCAUGGAAA